AUGCCCGCGGCUUCCUUGCAGUGCAUCUGGCUCUCCGAGAGCACGCGGCGGGGCGACCCCGCGGAGCUGCCACCCAGCGGGGUGAUCGCCACGCGCGUGCGCGAAGCGCCAGGCGGCCGGUGGGUGGGAAAAAAAACCGAGCGGAGGCAAGGAAGAGAUGACGUCACGAGUCGUCGGACGGGACCUUCCGCGUCCGCGCCCCCAAGCGGCCAACCGCCCCGAAAGGCUCGCGCACGACGCCCCGACUCCGCCCGCCCGACGUCGGCCGGGGGCCGGCCAAUCAGCGACGAGCAGGAAGAGGAGGACGAGGAGGAAGGGGGCCCAGACGACGGGGAGGCCGAGGAAGAGCCCGAAGAGGAGGAAGAGGAGGAGGAGGAGGACUUGAUCGAUGGCUUCGCUAUCGCUAGCUUCUCCAGCUUGGAGGCCUUGCAGAAGGAUGCAUCUCUCCAGCCCCCAGAGCGACUGGAACAUCGGCUGAAGCAUUCUGGGAAGCGGAAGAGGGGGGGCUCCAGUGGGGCCACUGGCGAGCCCGGGGACAGCUCUGAUCGGGAGCCGGGCCGGCCCCCUGGGGACCGGGCCCGAAAAUGGCCCAAUAAACGGAGGAGGAAAGAGGCCUCCUCCCGGCACUCUCUGGAAGCGGGAUACAUAUGUGAUGCUGAAAGCGAUCUGGACGAGAGGGUCUCCGAUGAUGACCUCGACCCUUCCUUUACUGUCUCAACCAGCAAAGCCUCCGGCCCCCAUGGCACCUUCAAUGGGAACUGUGAAGCAAAACUCUCUGUGGUCCCCAAAGUGUCGGGCCUGGAGCGGAGCCAGGAGCAGCCCCCAGGGCCCGACCCGCUGCUAGUGCCUUUCCCCGCCAAGGAACCACCACCUCCACCAGUCCCUCGGCCUCCUGCCUCACCCCCUGCAUCCCUGCCAGCCACCCCCAGUCUGCCACCCCCACCCCAGCCCCAGCUGCAGCUUCGGGUCUCGCCCUUCGGCCUCCGCACUUCUCCCUAUGGCAGCAGCCUGGACCUCAGCACUGGCAGAAACCCUCAGGGCCAGUGCGACCCUGUCCUGUUGGGGCACUCUGAGCCAGUAUCGACUCGAUGGCACUCUUCACGGCCGCCCCCCAAGGCCCCGGCCCCUCCCGUGGCUCAGCCUCCCCCCUCAUCAUCCUCUUCGUCCUCUUCCUCCUCAUCUGCCUCCUCCUCGUCCGCGCAGCUCACCCACCGGCCCCCGACGCCCUCACUGCCCCUGCCUUUGUCCAAUCACAGCUUCCCCCCACCUGGACUGCGCCCCCCACCACCCCACCCCCACCCCUCCUUGUUCUCCCCUGGCCCCACCCUGCCCCCACCCCCACCCCUGCUGCAGGUGCCAGGGCACCCUGGGGCCUCAGCGGCUAACGCCCUGUCUGAGCAGGACCUGAUCGGCCAGGACCUGAACUCGCGCUACCUGAAUGCCCAGGGUGGCCCUGAGGUGGUCGGGGCAGGGGGCUCAACCCGCCCCUUGGCCUUCCAGUUCCACCAGCACAACCACCAGCACCAGCACACCCACCAGCACACCCACCAGCACUUCACCCCUUACCCCCCGGGCCUGCUGCCGCCCCACGGCCCCCACAUGUUUGAGAAGUAUCCAGGCAAGAUGGAAGGCCUUUUCCGGCAUAAUCCGUACACAGCCUUUCCUCCUGCGGUACCUGGCCUGCCUCCGGGCCUUCCGCCAGCUGUGUCCUUUGGCUCCCUGCAGGGGGCCUUCCAGCCCAAGAACACAAACCCUGAACUACCACCAAGACUGGGGCCGGUGCCCAGUGGGCUCCCUCAGAAGGGGACACAGAUCCCUGACCAUUUCCGGCCACCUUUGAGGCAGAAGCCAGGGAAGUGGUGUGCCAUGCACGUGCGUGUGGCUUACAUGAUCCUGAGACACCAGGAAAAAAUGAAGGGCGACUCCCACAAGCUUGACUUUCGGAAUGACCUCCUACCCUGCCUUCCGGGACCCUACGGGGCUCUGCCCCCUGGGCAGGAGCUCUCCCACCCGGCCUCCCUCUUCACUGCAACUGGUGCCGUCCACGCCGCAGCCAACCCUUUCACGGCAGCUCCCGGGGCCCAUGGACCCUUCCUGAGCCCCGGCACCCACAUUGAUCCCUUUGGGCGUCCCACAAGCUUCGCUUCCUUGGCUGCUCUCUCCAACGGGGCAUUCGGCGGCCUGGGGAGCCCCACCUUCAACUCUGGCGCCGUUUUUGCCCAGAAAGAGAGCCCCGGGGCCCCACCAGCCUUUGCCUCACCCCCAGACCCUUGGGGCCGCCUGCACCGCAGUCCUCUGGCCUUUCCUGCCUGGGUCCGACCCCCUGAGGCUGCCCGGACCCCAGGCUCAGACAAGGAGCGGCCUGUGGAGCGGAGGGAGCCCUCGAUCCCCAAGGAGGAGAAAGACAGGGACCUCCCCUUCUCCAGACCCCAGCUCCGAGUUUCUCCUGCCACACCCAAGGCCCGGGCAGGUGAGGAAGGGGCCCGGCCAGCCAAGGAAUCUGUGCGGGUGAAGGAAGAGCGGAAGGAAGAGGCCGCCACAGCAGCUGCAGCCGCUGCUGCAGCCGCUGCUGCCGCCGCCGCCGCCACCAGCAACGGGCCUCAGGGCCUUCACCUGCUGUUUGAGAGGCCCCGGCCACCUCCUUUUCUGGGCCCUAGUCCACCAGAGCGAUGCGCUGGCUUCCUGGAGCCAACUUGGCUGGCAGGCCCCCCACGCCUUGCUAGGCCACCCCGUUUCUAUGAGGCAGGUGAGGAGCUGACAGGACCUGGGGCCGUGGCUGCUGCCCGCCUCUAUGGUCUAGAGCCUGCCCACCCUCUCUUAUACAGCCGCUUGGCUCCUCCGCCGCCCCCUGCUGCGGCCCCAGGAGCCCCUCAUCUUCUCAGCAAGACCCCACCAGGAGCCCUUUUGGGGGCUCCACCCCCACUUGUGCCCGCCCCCCGACCAGGUUCCCCCCCUAGGGCCCCAGGCCCUGCCCGGGCUGACAGGUGAGGGAGGGGGUGGGGCGAGGGACAAAGCUCUACCCCCCUGUCCUUUUGAGAAGAUCCCAAGGCUGAGGUUUCAAGCCAGGGCUGGAGGGCAAAGGGCAUGACCUCACCUGCCAUCUCUGAGGUCAUGGGACCUGGGAGCAGAAGCCCAACUACCAUGGCAUCAACAUCAGGUGAACCAUGGGGUCACUGGGAGGGCCGAGGUCACAAACCUAGAGAGAGGGGUAUGUAGGUCUGUGUGUGUGUGUAUGUAUGUAUGUAUGUAUGUAUGUAUGUGUGGGUGGGUGCGCGUGCGCGCAUGUCUCUCCAUGAGAGUGGGGGGUCAUUUCAGAGCUCAUAGCUCGUGAUCUGAGGUGCAUCUUCACCCCCUUUGAGGGUCCUUAGGCCCUUGACCUGCCUCCCUCCCCAAGGGCUCACUAAGCCAGAGGCCAAAGUGCCCCCCUCCCCCUACACCUACCACCCGAGUCUUCAUGCCCUCUCAGGGCUGAGGGGAAGAGGGGCUAAAGGAAGGGGGGUUCCAUGUACAUAUUUAUCUCCCCUUCCACAUAGCCCCCCAGACCUUUUGUACAUUUUUACAGGGGUGCCCCUCCCAAGAACCCCACUUCCUGGGUAAUUAAAUCCUCAGACUGGUGCUGUGUUCCUAGCCUCUGGCCUCUCUGUGGGGGGAGGAUGGACUGCAGGCCAGAGAGCCGGGAGGGGGUCGGCAGGACCCCAGAGCUUCUCCUGGAGAGGUGGGGUCCAGCAGGAGAAGGGGGCUAGGCUGGAGAGAAGGGCCAAGAAUGCCUGCUUUGCAAACAGCCCGGCCUGCCAGGGUACUCCUGAGAACGCCCGUGUGUCCCCGCCCUUGAAGCUCAACCUCUAUGCCUCAGACUCCACCUCUUAAUGCCUCAGACCCUCCCCACCCCACCCCAUCUCCAAGUGCCCCCAGGACUCCUGGGCCCUGCACCCGAAAAUCCUGUUUCUAAGAACCCUGCCCCAGGCUGAGGGGGGCCAGAGAAAGGUCACCACGUACCACACACCAAAGAAGGGGGUGGGCCCCGGGGCUGGGCAGCGCUGGCAGCAACUCUUAGCGGCAGCCCCACCUCAAAGCAGCAGGCCCCCCUGGGCGGGGCCCAGCCUGAAAGGCAGGGGUCAGUAUAACAGAAACUUAACUGUUGACGUUUUCCCCGGUGGGCUUAUUCUGUAACAUGACUUGUGGAUAUUUAUAUAAAAAUGAGUGUUACAACGAG